AUGAAACGCAGUAGCGAUUACGGUAAUCAACACGAAAAUAUCAAGAAGCCACGGUUCGGACAAAGCUACAAUAGCUACGCGUUGGCCAAUAGUGGUAUGCGAAGUGAACUUGGUCAAGCGACUGCAUCGGGCGAUCUGUAUAGUCAUCAAUUUCCUCCUGUAGGUCCCUCGGCAAUGAUGAUGGCUGCUAAUCAUUCUUAUACGCAAAGUGCUGCCGGUUUUCAUCCCGCGCAAAGUGGAUUUGCUGGAAUGGGUGGAUAUCAUCAAGGCGCAUCACAAUACGCAGCUGGUAUGAGCCAGUAUAAUCCUGGUGUUAGUAAUAUGGUUCCGCAAUUCUCUGGCGCGUUCUCUAGUGCACAGUUUCCCAGUGCAUAUCCACAAGCUGCGGCAGCCGCUGCACUUUCCUCGGUUACUAACUCCACGGGACGGACUGUCUAUCUUGGAAAUAUACCAACAGAUGUACCGGCCGAUGAGAUUUUGAAUCAAGUAAAAGUCGGCCCUAUAGAAUCAGUUCGUAUACUUCCCGAAAAAAAUUGCGCAUUCAUUUCUUUCAUGGAUGGUACUGCAGCUGCAGCAUUCUAUCACGAUGCCUCGACGAGAAAGUUGAUGAUUCAUGGCCAAGAACUAAAAGUUGGCUGGGGAAAACCUUCUCCCGUUCCACCGAAUGUGCAAGUCGCUGUAAGUACUCAAAAUGCAUCACGUAACGUGUAUUUGGGAAAUCUGGAUGAUUCAAUCACUGAACAAGUAUUGCGGGAUGAUUUGGGAAAAUUUGGUACUAUUGAAACGGUAAAAAUUGUGCGAGAGAAAAACAUCGGAUUUGUUCAUUUUUUGACUAUUACUAGUGCCAUCAAGGCUGUCCAGACAUUACCACAAGAAUCCAAGUAUGCAAACAAAAAGGUUAACUACGGAAAAGAUAGAUGUGCCGUUAGACCAACAUCAGGAAAUGGAACUACAUCUCAGUUCACUUUUACUCCUAGUGGCACAAUUGGAUUUCAAACAUUCGGUAAUGCUGGUGCAAUGGGAUUUGCUGCUUUUGAUCCAUACCAAGUUGUAGCUGCGGCUGCAAGCACUCAUCUUGAAAAUGGAAGUGAACUACGUAGUCCUACCAGUCCACUGUUUUCAUCGGCAUCUUCCGCGGCAGGAAGUACAACUUCCGGAUCACAAGUUGGUAACCGUACUAUAUACCUUGGAAAUAUUCAUCAAGAUACCACUUGUGAAGAGAUCUGUAAUGUCAUUCGCGGUGGAAUUCUUCACCAGAUCCGUUAUAUGGCCGACAAACAUAUCGCCUUUGUCACCUUUGUUGACCCAACAGCCGCCAAUAACUUUAUGUUCUUAGCACAGCAUCAAGGAGUUGUGAUCAAGAAUCGACGCCUCAAAGUAGGAUGGGGAAAAAAUUCUGGCCCGUUACCUGGAAAUAUUCAAUUGGCUGUCAACACACAAAAUGCAUCACGUAAUGUGUAUGUCGGGUCGUUGGAUGAUUCUAUUACUGAAGAGAAAUUGCGACGCGACUUCUCCGAAUUUGGAGAAAUCGAACUAGUGAAUAUCCUCAAGGAGAAAAGUUGUGGCUUUGUCAAUUUCACUUCGAUAGUGUAUGCCAUUAAAGCUAUAGAAGGAAUCAAAGCAAAAGAAGAGUACAGAAAAUUCCGUAUUAAUUAUGGAAAAGAUCGAUGUGGCAAUGCGCCAAGAGGUCUCACUUCUAGUGGUUCAACCGGCAGUGCAAGUAAAACCAGUAAAGGACGUAAUACCGGGGAAUCUGAUGCCAGGAUACUUCACCAGGGUGACACCGAAGAAUCCGAAAUUGAAAAUGUUGAAGCGACGGAUGACGUAAAUGAAAUCGAUGACGAUUUCGCUAAUUUGGAGUAG